ACGCUAAAGUAGCAUUUUAGAGAGACUGUAGAAGACUAACACAAACCAUGGCAGUUCACUCUACUUCAAAGCUGAACCUCACUUUAUGUUUAUCAUCAAUCCUUUUGUUACUUUCUUUUUCUCAUGCACAAGCUGAAUCUCACUCUCUUAAAUACUGUGAAAAGGGUGCAAACUAUGCAGUGCAGAUCAGCAAUGUAGAAAUAUUACCUAACCCUGUGGUCAGGGGAGAGCCAUUCACCUUCAAAAUCAAAGCUUAUACUGGUGAACCAAUUCUUAGUGGUGAUUUAAUAUAUGAAAUUUCAUUUGCUGGGAUAGAAGGACAACCUGCUAUAUUUCACCAUGCUCUCAGUGAGGAAACACCACUUCCCGUUGCUCCAGGCCACUUUUUGCUCACUCACACCGAAUUAUUGCCUCCCGUCACUCCACCGGGUACCUAUAAUGUGAAGCUGACAUUUAAGGAUCAGAACGACAAGCAGUUAACUUGUGUUGUCUUUCCCUUCACCAUCGGUGCUAAAUCUUCGGUAUCUGCUAUUUAGCUGUCUAGGACUAACUUAGAUGUUACUUAUGGUUUAGUUUUGAACCCAUAAGUGAACUAGUGAAAGGCCAUGCUACGGGCUAUGAGUUACUGAAAUGUUCUUUUACUUAUAAUAAUAAAUAAUUUGCCCGAGCUGAAUUUAACUGUCACACUUCAUCUCUGCUAUCAUCUUUAAUAAAGUUUAACCUUUAACA